GCCAUACUGAGAUAAUGCGUUUGAUUUGCCAGGUGCUUGAGGAGAGGAUGGAGGAUCAGUGGUGCCUGGAAAAGACUUGAGGGCGGGAGGACGUCCAGGCCGGGAGGAGGAAUGGGGGGCCGUUGAGUGUUUCCGUGGACUCGGAAUGGAGUCGAGCAAGUCGGCGCCGGCGUCGCCGGUCGCCUCGCCCCCGCCGCAUCAUCCGCCGGCUCAGCGGCAGCCGAACAUGGACCUCAUCAUCGGCGACUGCAUGGACCGACUGGGGACGAGAAUCGGCCUCCUAGAGUCCGAGCUGCGGUACGCUUGGCGCGCCCUGGACCUCCUCUCUCAGGAGUACAUCAAGAUGUGGGAGAGAUUGGAGAAACUGGAAUUUCUCCUUUGCGAGCAGCAGGGCGUCAUAUCCCAGCUGAUCGAUUUCUACUCCGCAGUCGAAAGUGGUGAUGGUGCUGUAAGUUGCAGCAUCGAAGAGGCCCGCGAGAGUUCAUGCAUGGAUGUCGUCCCUAUCGGGCCGAUAGUGACCGAUAACGAUCUUGCCAUUUCAUCGGCAACGGACGCGCUAAUAUCCGAGUUGAAGCUCAAGAUGGGCAUGGAUGACAUGAAUCUUCCGGAUGAAGCCUUCUACCGUAGUUUAAAUAAUGCAUAUCGCAACGACCUUGUAUCAUCAGUCCAACCUCCGAUGGCGAUGUCGAGUUCGUCACAACUCGGAAUGAUAUGGGAAGAGCCAGAAGAGGAUAGCAACGGGAACGGUAGAAGAGAAGAUAGUAAAAAACUGACGGAAUCUUACGGUUCUGCAGAUUUCAAAACUUACAGAGCUUCCUCUCCAAUAAUAAUCGAGCAGGAUAUUAAACAAUUGACGGAUUUGAGUACAAUGGACCAAGCUGCAAUAGAAAAGCUUAAAGAAUUAGAUAUCCUGACAACGAAACUCCAGAAAGACUCGAAAAAUUUGAAAGAGUUGCAAGACCGUCUACUGUCUGAGUCUCCGAAGCGAAAAUAUCUUAAGGAUCCCAAUGACAUGGAGACCGUACGUGAAGGUGCAAACGAGUUGGACGAACAGAUAAGUAGGAUGUACGAAGAAAGUGGGAUUGAUAAUUGGAGUUUUUCUGGCGUUCAGGGAGAAGAAAUUAGAAAAACAAGUUCUUUGAAUCCUUUCGAGGCAGAAGCGGAGGACGAGAUGUCGAGAAGCCUUAACUUUCCUACCACAACACUCCCUAGAACUCCUACAUCUCCAAGAAGGAGAUUAGAGGAUAAUUUAUACGGGUCUUCUACGCUGAGAAAUACCAGCCCGUUGUCCGUUAGAGAAUGCACUCGGUCCUUACCUACAUCACCGAAAUACAAAGAAAGUGAAAGGAUGAGCCCUUACUCAACAUCCGCCGUCAUGGAACCUGUCGAAAUAUCCUACGAUGUGGCAAGAUCUUGUAUCUUUAAUGAGCAAGAACUUGACAAGUUUUCCGGUAGUAUCAGGACACGGCAGGACGGCUAUAUCGGGUCGGAGAACGAUCACCAUCAGAUGGAAACAGCUCAAAUCCAGUUAUCAAGCAGCCCUCCGCCUCCUGCUCCACAAGACUGUACUUCUAUAUUUCUUAUGCCAGCAUCGGAAGUACCGAGUGAAACAUAUCAACCAUCCAGUGAAAUCCCGUCUUUCAGCGGUGAGGGGCUGAGCGCAAGCACUAUUGAACAUCAGCAAUCACAAGGGCUAAGCCCUCGCACACCACACUCUCCGAAAUCCCCGAGGACAUCGCCUAAGCAAAUUAACCGAACGUGUGCUAGAAUAGCAUCAGCUAAAUCUGAUUCAGGUCUGUCGUCAAUGAGUGGAUGGUCGAGCCUGGAAAAAUCGCCCGGCUCUCCGAAAGCAACAAAAACGCCGUCUCACACGGAUGGUGUACUUCACCACUCUAAUAGAUUGCCUUUAAACCAACCGCGAACUUAUCACUCAGCCCCUGUUCAUUCUAUUAACGAAUACAACGAAGCCGAUGCAAAUUAUAGUGAUAAUAGCAAUGGGUAUAACGGCGUCCUUCCUGGUGGCCACAGAACUUCGUCUUUUACGACCGUUCGAACACCAACGAGCUUACAGGACGCCGCGCAAGAAGGUUUCGUUCCACCUCCAGCCCCGGAAAUGUCGGUCACGGCUAAAAAAAGGCAUAAGUCUUAUGAUUACCCUCAACGCCAUCACUAUAGCCACGACUACACAUACCAAACUGAACAACCACCCGUUAUAUAUUCAGUUGCAGGAAGUAAUCGUCAGCACCCUUUCACAUCGGUGUACACGAGUAGGUCGUCAACUGUCCCCACCACUACACUCUCUUCCUACCCCGACAUUAUCGGACAUUACGCCCAAGAAUUAUACAGACAGCCUGUAGUAGAACGGCAAGUGCCUUCCUACGAACAACAAAAAAAAUUUUCAACCAGUUCCUUUCCGGCGAGGCAAAAUAAAAGAACCUUACAGCGUGUUUAUUCGACGGGGUCGGUGCCAAACCAGCAAAUAACAGGUGAUAUGAUGACAAGUCAUGAAGGCUAUAAAACAGCUAUGUACCGUACGAUGUUUCCGACUGGAAACAUCACGGAUGCUUUAACUUAUUAUCCGACGGGAAGUAUAAGUAGACCAAUUCAGCAUGAACAAACGGGACCAAGAAUAGCGUACCAAGAACAAUGGGUUCAAGAAUCGCCUGAUGCGGACCUUAGUAGAGAGUCUAGCGCGAGUACUAUCCGUUCCGCAAGUACGGUAUAUGACAGGGAACUUCAUGCAGGAGUACCUAUGUACGAAGUAAGGUACGAUGCUAAGAUACCACCCCAAAAACCAUUUAGAUCGGAUAUUUCACACCACCAACAAUUGGGAGGGGGUUGGAUUCAACCGGAAGACAACCACAGAGUUCUAAUAGAGCAGCGGCCUAAUUCAUUACCAGAUCAACGGAUUAACCAACAAGAAUAUUACGAUCCGAGCAGUGUGAUAGUUUCACAGUCGGGUUACAUAUCGUUCUCUUCUGACCUAAAAGAAACAAUACCAGAAGAUAAACCGAAAAAACCUAAAAGGCAUGCUACACUGAAGCACGCAAUGAGUCAAGUUUCGAAUUGGCUGCCUGAAUUUCAUUUACCAAAAAGACAUCGAUCGCACUCUUUACCAUCUGGAGUACGAAGGGAAGAUUUAGUAGGCCCAAAAGAAACACAACCAUGCUCUCAAACUGUCAAGGUUUCAGGAACUCUACCUCGUAAGAAAAAACGACACCAUGCCAUUUAUUCGACUAUGUCUGGAAUAUUACAAAAAGCGAAACGGAGAGGAGGUGCUCCUCAUUCCAUGUCGGAUCCCGAACAAUCAGAAACUGAAUGGGGCGGAAGUGGUAAGCACAGUACAGUAUCAGAAGACAGCGAAGACAGCGUUUUCACAGAUUCUAACCAGGACUCUCGAUUUUUAAAACUACAAAGAUCGAUUCCACCCCCGCGACCUCCACAACCGGUUAUUAAACAGCAGCAAAGCGUCGACUCGGUUAUGCAAUUCGCUAUGGUGCAAAAGCCAUCAACGCAACCUCUACAACCUGCACAACCGAUACACGUGCCACAAAAACAAACAAUUACUAAAAUAUACCCUGAACAAUCCCAAUCAGAACAACAGCAAAACUUGCAGAACACGAUCCCGAUCGUAGUUCAGAAAAAUGAUGAAAUGGAAAAACAAGAUGAAUUCUAUGCGGAAGAAGUGAUUCCUCCAGUAGUUUCCAAUUCAGAACGAAAACCUGAACAACAAACUUUCACAGGAGUAUUCGAUGCAGAAGAAACUUCAUCUUUAUUCCAGACGGUGGGUGAAGCUAAAAAGUUCACUGGGGCGAAAGAAGAGGAUUCAAAAGAGUUGGCUAAUGCGACUCCAGUUACUGUGGUGCCAGCUUCAAGAGAAUUUGCCGUUAGCAGAGCAUUGGGAAAAUACAGAAGGAGACAGUCUUCGUCGAUUUCUGACGACGAUUGCAUAAAACCAGAAGAUAUGUUCGCUAUAAUCACUCAAGACGAGGAGGAAGAAGAGAUGAGAAGAAAUGAGAUAUUCGAAAGAAUAAGUUCAGAAGAAAGUAAUAAAUUACCGCAAAGCAGUUCACAACCUGAAAUCCUUCCCGUUGUAGAAAAUCACAUAUAUCAUGCCAAUAACCAAUCAAGGCCUCAUAGUGGAGGAAGGCAUUUAUCGAGACAUCAACAGAGUCUAGAAAUACCAUGGGGCGGAAGAGGGUCAGGAGACACGGACGAUGAUAACCGGAGUACACACUCUUGGAGGAGCACGUCCCGAGUCUCCUCUAGGAGGCAAAGUACCGAAGACAGUAUCGACAGCGAGGACGAAUGGUACUGCUACGAACUCCGGAAACUCGAAGAAAUGGAGAAAACUGGAAACUCGUUCGAGCUUCCACACGAUAACGAAAAAGAAAUCAAUGAGCUAAAAGAAAAAAUGCGGUUACAAAUGUCGUCCGUUUUAGUCGAACUUCAGUCAAAAAUAGUUCCAAAAGCGGACAUAGAAGAAGAAAAGAAGAUCCAAUCGCAAACACAGCGUAUAGCGGAAGGUCAAGAGCCCGAAAGAAAAGACAGCAUUUCCAGUGCGAGGCACUUAGACGCCGAAGACGUAUCUUCUGGAGAGACGAGCGGUCCAGACUCCCCACAGCAAAGUGGAGACGAAAUCGAAGAAGAAGAUUUCGAAGGUUCUCGAGACAAGAUACGAAGAAGUUCCACAUCGACAAUGAAGCAGGCGGAAAAACCAAGCCGAGAGGGUUCCAUCAGUGUUCCGCCUAGUGAAGCUUCCGUUUCUUUGCCGGAAGGCUGGUCCGGAAGCGAAGACACAGCCAUCAGGGAAGAUUCAGCAAGCGUACAUGAUUUGGAAGACACCGGUCCAGGUACGCCUUCUCUGCCAAGGUUUAAGUUCGACCCCGAUGUGUCACCCGGUCCACCUGGAAAAGAAGAACUCUCGGGAAAGGACGGGCCUCUCGGAAGCAAAUGGAAACUCUUAAAAGCUCUCAAAGAAAGAAAAGCAGAAGAGAAAGUUCAAGAAGCAGAGAAAAAAGAAGCUGCUUCGACUACUACGACAUCCAAUGGUGGAGCAGGAGCUGACGGCAACCGAGGCAAUGGGCAUCCUGGAGACAAUCCUUUCUACAGCAACAUUGACAGUAUGCCCGACAUCAGGCCCAGGAGGAAAUCCAUACCGCUUGUGUCUGAACUCGUGCUCAAGACAAUGGCGGCAAAACGAAACGCCGGGCUGACAUCGGCAGUGCCUAGGGCUACGCUGAAUGAUGAAGAACUGAAAAUGCACGUCUACAAGAAGACCCUGCAGGCGCUGAUCUAUCCGAUUUCCAGCACGACACCGCACAACUUUAUGCUUUGGUCGGCUACAUCGCCCACGUACUGUUACGAAUGCGAAGGUUUACUCUGGGGCAUCGCAAGACAGGGUGUCCGCUGUACAGAAUGCGGCGUGAAAUGUCACGAAAAGUGUAAAGAUCUCCUGAAUGCCGACUGCCUACAAAGGGCUGCUGAGAAGAGCUCUAAACACGGAGCAGAAGAUAAAGCAAACACAAUUAUAACAGCGAUGAAGGAAAGAAUGAAGCAGAGAGAAAGAGAAAAGCCUGAAAUAUUCGAGCUUAUAAGAACAACCUUCUCGAUGGACCCGGACACUCACAUUGACUCGCUAGCUCAAGCAGAAGAUAUUGUCCUAGAAGGGACGUCAAAGUGGUCUUGCAAGAUUGCCAUAACAGUCAUUUGCGCUCAGGGUUUGAUUGCAAAGGACAAGAGUGGCACUUCAGACCCUUAUGUCACUGUCCAAGUGGGUAAAGUCAAGCGAAGAACACGAACCAUGCCUCAGGAACUAAAUCCAGUCUGGAAUGAAAAGUUUUACUUUGAAUGCCACAACUCGUCUGAUCGGAUCAAAGUCAGAGUUUGGGAUGAAGAUAAUGAUCUAAAAUCUAAGCUCAGGCAAAAGUUAACUAGGGAGUCGGAUGAUUUUCUCGGUCAGACAAUCAUUGAGGUAAGGACUUUGUCCGGGGAGAUGGAAGUUUGGUACAACCUGGAAAAGAGGACUGACAAAUCGGCUGUAUCUGGUGCAAUCAGGCUUCACAUAAGUGUGGAAAUUAAGGGGGAAGAAAAAGUGGCUCCAUACCAUGUUCAAUACACGUGCCUUCAUGAAAAUCUAUUCCAUUCGCUGUGCGAAGAAAAUAAUGGUCUGGUGAUUCUUCCUUCUGUGAAGGGAGAUGAUGCCUGGAAAACAUACUUUGAGCCUCCAGGGCAAGAGAUAGUUGAGGAGUUUGCUAUGAGAUACGGAAUAGAGAGCAUUUAUCAAGCAAUGACACAUUUCCAUUGCCUCUCGACAAAAUACCUCUGUCCUGGUGUGCCUGCAGUCAUGAGUACUCUCCUAGCUAACAUCAAUGCCUACUACGCGCACACAACCGCUACUUCUGCUGUUUCAGCAAGCGACAGGUUCGCCGCAUCAAAUUUUGGGAAAGAAAAAUUUGUGAAGUUGUUGGAUCAGCUGCACAACUCUUUGAGAAUAGAUUUAUCGAUGUACAGGAAUAACUUCCCGGCUUCCAGCAAAGAGAAACUGAUGGAUUUGAAAUCCACUGUGGACCUUCUCACCAGUAUCACAUUCUUCCGAAUGAAAGUCCAAGAACUUUCAAGUCCACCUCGAGCAAGUACUGUUGUUAAAGAGUGUGUCAAGGCAUGUCUGAGAGCGACCUACCAGUUCUUGUUUGAGAAUUGCCACGAGCUGUACAACCGUGAAUUCCAGGUGGAUCCAAAUGAGGCAAAACGAGAUGCUGAGGACAAUGGGCCAAGACUGGACAGCCUUGAUUUCUGGCACAAAAUCAUUGCCCUGAUUGUAUCUGUGAUAGACGAGGACAAGAACAGUUACGUUCCUGUUCUCAACCAAUUCCCUCAAGAACUGAACAUCGGCCAACUCUCGGCCGCGACAAUGUGGAGCCAUUUUGCAGUUGACAUGAAAUACGCCUUGGAAGAACAUGAACAGCAACGGCUGUGCAAGUCUUCCGCUUACAUGAACCUCCACUUCAAAGUGAAAUGGCUUUAUACUAAAUACGUAUCUGACGUUCUAACUUUUAAGGACUCAGUACCUGAAUAUCCAGCCUGGUUCGAGCCUUUUGUUAUGCAGUGGUUAAAUGAAAAUGACGACGUGUCUCUAGAAUAUCUCCAUGGUGCCUUCAAUAGAGACUUGAAAGAUGGAUUCCAAAAAAGCUCCGAACACGCUCUAUUUUCUAAUUCAGUUGUAGAUGUUUUUACCCAACUUACUCAGUGUUUUGAUGUAGUGUCUAAAUUAGAGUGUCCAGAUCCGGAAAUCUGGAAACGAUAUAUUAAACGGUUUGCAAAAACGAUUGUAAAAGUCCUGAUGGCGUACGCUGAUAUCGUAAAGCGAGAGUUUCCUGGACAAUUAAAAGAAGAGCGAAUUGCGUGCAUCCUCAUGAACAACAUCCAGCAGCUAAGAGUGCAACUGGAGAAGAUGUUUGAAUCAAUGGGUGGCGAAAAGCUAGAAGAAGACGCUGCAAACAUCUUGAAAGAACUACAACAAAGUUUAAAUUCAUCACUAGAUGAACUGGCAAUAUUAUUUGCUACCAGUCUGGAAAAUCGAAUAACAGUAAGUGUGAAGGAGCUGGGUGAUCUGUUGCUCGCUAUCAAAGGAGGUGGACAGAUCGGAAACCAGCCUACACAGCGUAACACUGUUGCUGCCGAAGCAGACGAAGUAUUGCGACCUCUCAUGGUUCUUCUCGAUGGGUCUCUUUCCCUUUACGCUGAGUCUUGUGAGAAGACCGUCCUCAAGAGGCUGUUGAAGGAACUGUGGAAAAUAGUCAUGAGAAUUCUUGAAAAGACUGUUGUCCUGCCCCCUAUGACUGACAAGAGUAUGAUAUUGAAAAAUCUUACUGACAAUGCGAAAAACUUGGCGGCCAACGCAAAGAUCGAGGAUAUGUCCAGGUUGUUCAAGAAUCACAUGGCAGGAAAACAGGAUGUCAAGAAUGCACUCAGCGGUGUCAUUGAGGUGGAAAAGAAUUUAUCACCGAAGCAAUGUGCCGUACUUGAUGUCGCCUUGGACACAAUAAAACAGUACUUCCAUGCUGGAGGGAAUGGCUUGAAAAAAGCUUUUCUGGAAAAGAGCCCAGAGCUCCAGUCGCUCCGAUACGCCCUCUCGCUUUACACCCAGACUACCGAUACACUCAUCAAGACAUUCGUCACGACGCAGGCCAAUCAAAUGCCGUUGAACAACAAAAAGACCCUGCGUCAGCGGUCAGUCUCGAGCGAGCGUGAAGACGAUUCUGGGAUGGAAGGACUCGAAGAGCCUCUUAGGGCUAAGAAGAGAAGGGAGUCCUCGAUUCAAGAUGUUCAACCGAGUGAUGAAGGAAGUGUGGGUGAAAUUUCAAUUCAAAUCGACUUAUUCACACAUCCGGGUACCGGGGAGCACAAAAUCACCACAAAAGUCGUGGCAGCUAAUGAUCUCAAGUGGCCAACGACAGGAAUGUUCAGGCCGUUCGUUGAGGUGAACUUGAUUGGACCACACCUGGCCGACAAGAAGAGGAAGCAGGCGACCAAGUCCAAGUCAAACAACUGGUCACCGAAGUUCAACGAAAGCUUCAACUUCAUGAUCGGAAAUGAAGAGCAGCUCGAAUACUUUGAACUUCACAUAUGUGUGAAGGACUACUGCUUUGCACGGGAUGAUAGACUGGUCGGUGUCGCUCUUAUGCAGCUUAAAGACAUCAUCGAACAAGGUUCAUGCGCAUGUUGGCUGUCAUUGGGAAAACGCAUCCAGAUGGACGAGACCGGUUGGACGAUACUCAGGAUCUUGUCUCAGAGGUCAAACGAUGAAGUAGCUAAGGAGUUCGUCAAACUCAAGUCUGACAUCAGGCCGGAAGACCCUCUGGCCGCCACAUGAGACGACCUUCUUCCCAAUAACACAUUUCAUCGACAGGAGUUUGUAUCUUUCGGACUGUAAAUAUCUCUUUAGUUAAAAUCUAGGUUAGUUAACAAAAUAUAAAUUAUCAUCAAUAAAUUGUCGCGCUGAAAUUGAUCACAAUGUCAGGUUUAUGUAAAUGUAAAUCUCCGGCUUUUGUGGUGGAAAGUUACUGAAGACUGUUGUCAGAAUAAGUUUUAUUAUUCGCCGGUUGUUUGGGACUGUCAAUCGAACAUUUGCCGUAAACUCUCAGGUAUCCAUGCUCAAAUUAUUUAAUAUUUUGUGCCAAUAUUUUCCACUUUUUCUGAAAUUUCGGUCUACAAAAAACGAAUUACGCACACAAAUUGGUAUAUUAUUCGGUAUUAUUAUAAUUUUUUUUAAAUUGAGAUGAGAUAUUUACAAGAAUUUAACGCUUGAGCUUUCAUGAUGAAAUGUGUUUUUGAGAACCGAUUAAACAGAACAAAGCGCACAUUCUGACAGGUUGGAAUGAUAGAUAAUAAUCAAAUAAUUCGGAUUUUAUGGCGAUUCUAUGAAUUAAGCCAUUUGGCAAUUGAUAUAUUUAUUCUUUACUUGUUGUGUUUUUUUCUAUUGUUCAUUAUCCUGUGAAAAUAAAUGUAAAUUAUGUGAUUAUUGUUACCCGGUUCUUAUUCAUAUCUUGUAUAUAUUAAUUAACAAAAAUGAAAAUAUUGUUCAGUAUAACUUCGACCAUUUGUAAUUUUCACAGAAUAAAUAGAGGCGGACUUAUUGUACAUUUGUGUGAUUCCAUAAAAAUCUUUCAGACUUGUUUAUGAUUUGUUAAUGUAAUUGUGUAGUUCUCGGUUAUGUUGACAUGAUAUAGGACUGUUACGGAUUUUAUUGAGAGCUAUGGAAUUAUAAAAUACACAUUAUUAAUGUACAUAAUAUUAUAUAAAUAAACAAAAGUAACAUUUAUAUUUUUUUAUUACACUCUUUGAAGUUGACUAUUUAGUUCAAUAUUAAAAUUAUUAAAAUUUAAAGAACUGAAAAGAAAGUGUACGUUAACAAUUUAUCACUGCAUGUUUGUUAAUGAUAUUGAACAAACUAUUAAUUAUAACUAUAUUUUAAUGUGAAAAUGAUUUAAAGUUGUUAAACAUUUGAAAAAGAAACAAUGUUUUUCAA